UCCAGAACCCAGAAUACGGCUGUAGGCUGCAGUGGCCUCAGCGUAUUUUCAAAGGAGCUCCUUUUUUGUCCCUGGAUUUCUUUGGACUGUCCAGCUGCCAACCAGUUCAACUCUGAUCACGAGCAAGGCCAGGAGCCCAUCUUCAGAUCACAACUUCCCUCUUACAGGGCCAGCCCAGAGAGGCCCAGCGGCUCUGAGAGUGACCCGGCAUCCCACAGGACAGCGAUGGAGCUGCUCUGGAUGGCCCUGCUGAUGGUGGCCUCUUGGGUCCCCACUGCCCACAGCUCCCUGGAGCAGGGCGCCACUGUCCCCAGCAUCAACCUCUCCCAGCCCCUGCACAUUGUGGAGGAGCGCGACCUGCUGGUGCUGACAGCAGCAGGCCUGGCCCAGAUGCUCAAUGAGACCCGCUUCCUCAUGGUGCUUUUCCACAACCCGUCCUCCAAGCAAUCCAGGAACCUGGCGUCAGAGCUGGGCAAAGCUGUGAGGAUGAUGGGCAAGGGCAAGAAUGGGAUUGACUUCGGCAAAGUGGACAUCAUGGUGGAGAAGGAGCUUAAGCAGGAGUUUGACGUCAGGAAAGCUCCGGAGUUGAAGUUGUUUUUUGAGGGCAACAGGUCAGAGCCCAUCAACUGCAAAGGAGUGGUUGAAUCUGCAGCCUUGGUGGUUUGGUUGAGAAGACAAAUUAGCCAGAAAGCAUUUUUGUUCAACGAAAGCCGGCAGCUGGUAGAUUUUGUGAACUCCAGGCCUGUGGUCAUCAUUGGCUUCUUCCAGGAUUUGGAGGAAGAAGUAGCCGAAACGUUCUAUGACGUGAUCAAAGACUUUCCUGAGCUUACAUUUGGAGUGGUGGAGAUAAAAAAUACCUUUGGACGUUUCCAUGUGGUCCUUGACAGUGUCCUGGUAUUUAAAAAGGGGAAAGUCGUGAACCGCCAAGAGCUUAUUAAUGACAGUACCUACAAGCAGGACAUCAGUGGAGUCAUAAGAAAGCACCUGACAGACUUUGUGAUUGAAUAUAACACUCAGAAUAAGGAGAUGAUUUAUCAAAUGAACGUUUUAAAUCACAUGCUGCUGUUUGUCUCCAGGAAGUCUGAGUUACAUAGAGGCAUAAUUAAGCAUUAUAAAUUGGCCUCCACGGAAUUCCAGAACAAGAUCCUUUUCAUUGUUGUGGAUGUGGAUGAACGCAGAAACAGAUACGUCUCAGAGUAUUUCCAGGUCACAAAGUUCAGUGUCCCAUCUGUUCAAAUCCUCAAUUUGAGCUCUGAUGCCCGGUACAAGAUGCCCUCGGACGAGAUAACCUAUGCAAACCUCAAGAUAUUUGGCAGCAGCUUCCUGAAUAGAACUGCCAAGAAACAUCAAUCCAGUGAAGAGAUUUCAAAAUAUUGGGACCAAGGUCUAGUGAAGCAGCUCGUGGGGAAGAACUUCAACAUAGUCGUCUUUGACAAGGAAAGGGAUGUGUUCGUGAUGUUCUAUGCACCCUGGUCUGAGAAGUGUUUGGUGCUGUUCCCACUGCUGGAGGAGCUGGGAAGGAAGUAUCAAAACCACUCCACAGUCACCAUUGCCAGGAUUGACAUCACAGCCAAUGAUAUCCAGCUGAUGAACCCAGACUACUACCCAUUCUUCAGGCUUUUCCCCACUGACUCUGAACAGGCUGUACCGUAUACAGGAGAACACAGCAUGAAGGGCAUUUCUGACUUCCUGGAGAGCCAAGUCAAGAUUAGGAUGGAAGAUGAGGAUGAGCUAUUGUCCAUUGAGCAAAAGGAAACGGUAGAAGAGAAGGUGUUAGUUGGAGAAAAGGAACGAACUUCCGUGGAACCAGAGUUACCUGGGCAGCAGUUGCCUGAGCAGCAGUUCCCUGAGCUGGAGAACGUGACCAAAGUGAAGGUGUUGGUGGAAGAGCCGCCCACACAGGAGAACGUGACCAAGCUGGAAGUGGCAGUGCAAGAGCUGCCUGAGCAGGAGGAUGUGAUCAAGGUGGAGGCUCCGAUGGGACAGAAGAAAAGAUCUGAGAAGGACAAGGCAGCUAAGCCGAAAAGACCUCCAAGACAAGAGAAGAAAUUCAAAGUCAAAGAAGAACUUUAGCUUCUCCAAAGCCAGGAGGGAAGGGGCCCAUGUUUCAGGUCCUGAUAUAAUUAUUGAGUGGAUCUAUUCCGAUAAUCUUAUCCCCCAUUGUGGUGGGGUAGGUGGGGGCUGGGGAAUAAAUCCCCUGAAUAUGUUUG